GUUCAGUUUGGAUGCAGAAGCCAAGCCGGCUCGAUCCUAAUACCGGGAGAAAAAAAAUUAUCGCUCAAUCUUACUAUUAAUAUUUAUAUUUAUAUUUAACAAACUUGAUAAGUGUAAUAAACAAUAAGUCAUUAAAAUAGUUUCGUUAAAAAUGAGGUGGGUGCUGCUGUGCCUUGGAUUUAUUAUCCAAAGCAUAAAUGCAGAAAUCUUGACCCCUCCGUACUUCAAUUUAGCUGAAGGAAAAGAAAUAAUCGCCUCAGCAACGUGUGGUGUCGAUACUCCCGGUCCUGAAUUGUAUUGUAAGCUUGUGGGUGCCAAUUCCGAUCAGGACACCGAAGUCAAUCUCAUUCAAGGCCAAGUCUGUGAUGUUUGCGACCCCACGGUACCGGAAAAAUUUCAUCCCCCGGAACAUGCAGUCGAUGGAAUGGAAACCUGGUGGCAAUCGCCGCCUCUGUCACGUGGGAUGAAGUACAAUGAAGUUAAUUUGACAAUUAAUUUGGGACAGGAAUUUCAUGUCGCAUACGUUUACAUUCGAAUGGGAAAUUCACCUCGUCCAGGAUUAUGGGUCUUGGAAAAAUCAAAAGAUUACGGGAAAACUUGGCAGCCAUGGCAGUAUUUUUCUGACUCAGCAAGCGAUUGUCUUACAUACUUUGGUGUUGAUAGCAGAACACCGAUAACACGUGACGACAGCGUAAUUUGUACAACCGAGUACUCGAAAAUUGUACCUCUCGAAGGCGGUGAAAUACCGAUUUCUAUUUUAAAUAACCGUCCGGCAGCCUCUCAUUACUUCAACUCGAGUCUUCUUCAAGAGUGGACCCGCGCUACUAAUGUGCGCUUCCGUUUUCUGAGGACUAAAAAUUUACUUGGACAUUUGAUGUCCGUCGCUCGUCAGGAUCCAACAGUAACUCGAAGAUAUUUUUAUUCAAUAAAAGACAUAAGUAUCGGUGGACGAUGUAUGUGUAAUGGGCACGCAGACACGUGUGAUAUUCGUGAUCCAAAGCAGCCGAAAAAAUUAGAAUGUAUUUGCCAGCACAAUACUUAUGGCCCUCAGUGCGCCUCUUGUUUGCCAGGAUUCCAACAAAAAAAAUGGCAGAUUUCUACAGCAUUCAAGAAGUUUACUUGUGAACCUUGUAAUUGUUUCGGACACUCGACCGAGUGUAUUUACGACCCGGAAGUAGAUGAAAAACAUUUGUCACUUGACAUACACGGCGCUUAUGAAGGAGGUGGUGUUUGCCAAAAUUGCGCUCACAAUACACAAGGAAUAAACUGUAAUCAAUGUAAGCCCAAGUACUUCAGACCCGAAGGCAAACCCUUGAACGCAACGGAUGUUUGUCAACGAUGUGACUGCGACUUUUUCUAUUCAACCGGCAACUGCGCCGAGUCAACGGGGAAAUGUGAAUGUCGCCAAGAAUUCACGGCCCCCGAUUGCGACUCCUGUGCCUACGGUUACUUUGGGUACCCAAAUUGUCGUCCCUGUGAAUGUCAUCUGGGUGGAACUGACGGGUAUCAUUGUGAAGCCGUUGACGGCAGUUGUCCGUGUAAACAAAACUAUGCCGGCGCUUAUUGUAAUCUUUGCGCCGAGGGAUACUAUAAAUUUCCCGAAUGUCUACCUUGCGAAUGUAACCCGCAAGGUUCACUCAACGAUGUAUGUGACGUCGUGACGGGUAAUUGUACAUGUAAGAAUAAUUACGGAGGCAGAACUUGUGACAUUUGUGAAGACGGUUAUUAUAAUUAUCCAGUUUGUAACUAUUGUAAUUGUGAUGCAAGAGGAACAGAGCCACAGGUUUGUAACAAAAGAGACGGCAGUUGUCUGUGUAAAGAAGGCUACGGAGGAGCAAGAUGUGACCAAUGUAUCAGCGGAUAUUACGGAUAUCCAAAUUGUAGGCCCUGUAAUUGUAGUUCCGUUGGUUCCUCAUCAAUAAGCUGUGACGUUAAUGGCAAAUGUUCGUGUCUUGGUAAUUUUGCUGGACGUUCUUGCGAUCAAUGUAGUCCCGGUUACUUUAUGUAUCCCGAUUGUGUCAGCUGUAAUUGUGAUAGCCAUGGAUCGAUAGGGGUGUCUUGUGACACUGAAGGCAAGUGCCAGUGUCAUGAAAACUUUGAUGGACUGCAGUGUGAUCAAUGUAAAGAAGGAUUCUACAAUUUCCCAAGAUGUGAAGGCUGUAAUUGUGAUCCCGCUGGUGUUCCUAAGUCUUUUACGGGAUGUGGAUCUCUGCCGGCGGGCGAAUUGUGUCAGUGCAAGGAUCGGGUCCAGGGAAGAAUUUGCAAUCAGUGUAAGCCACUGUAUUGGAACUUGCAGCAGGCUAAUCCUGAUGGUUGCGAAGACUGUAACUGUAAUAUUCCUGGUGUUAUUGGAAGUAUUGGUGAAUGCGACACUAAAUCGGGUCAAUGUAUUUGUAAACCAGGAGUUACAAGUCGCGCAUGUGAUCAAUGUGUUGACGGAACUUAUAAUCUAGAAGAAUCAAAUCUGUUUGGAUGUUCAGUGUGCGCUUGUGAUAUCGGUGGCUCUAUAAGUUCAAUUUGUGACAAAAAAACCGGGCAAUGUCCGUGUCAACCGCGAGUCACAGGGCAAACUUGUACGGAACCUCUUAAAGCUCAUUACUUCCCGACACUCCACCAAUUCCAGUAUGAAGUUGAGGAUGGACGCACGCCGAGCAACAGCCCAGUGCGCUACGGUUUCGCAGAAGACAGUUUCCCUGGUUACAGCUGGAAAGGUUACGCCGUAUUUUCAGCUUUGCAGAAUGAAAUAAUCCAACGCGUCUACAUCUCCAAGCCAUCACUCAACCGCAUGGUUCUCCGGUUCGUCAACAAAAAUUCUGAACCAGUUCUCGGUAAUAUAAAAAUUACUCCAGAUAAUCCGCAAGAGAUUGAACAGACUUUCAAAGUCCAGCUCAAACCGACAAAUGAACCCGCAUUUGUUACCGUUGCCGGCGUCCACGGUAAUUUACCAGCGACAAUGGUAAUGAAUCCCGGAUACUGGUCAAUAAGUAUCGCGACUGAGAAAAAUUUAUUCCUCGACUACUUCGUUCUCUUGCCAGCUGAGUAUUAUGAGGCGACAAUUCUAACUCAGGACGUUGAUGUUCCCUGUGAAAUAGGACAAGUGGGUCUGUGUCGUCACUACGAUUAUCCGAAUGUCAAGGGCUUUGAUUCAGUUCACGGCUCUGGUGGUUUCUUGGACACCGACUCUGGUAGAUUCCCUUUGACCGAGUACUUUACCGACCACGACGUCCUCAGUGAAAUCGGCCAGGACGAAAUACCGCUGAUUAAUGAUCAGCAGAAACGGAUUCUCUUUGAAUUCCGCGUAUCUAAACCCGGUUCUUACAUUCUGCUGGUGACUUAUGUAACAGCACGCGAAGACAAAUCAACUUCGACUCUCUUGAUUGAAGUAAAUACCAGUUUCCAAGGUAAAGCGACACUUUACCCGUGUAAAUAUACCAGCAUUUGUCGUCAGGUUGUCACAGACAGACACGGCAAAAUAGCCGUCACUAAUUUCUCUACAAAUUACGCAACUCUGGUGUUAACCGGCGAACCGCAUUCAAACAUUGCCGUCGAAUCCAUUGUGGCAAUACCUUACGAACGCUGGUCGCUGGAUUAUAUCAAGCCGAAAUCAGUCUGCGUGCGUAAAAACGGUAAAUGUGUCCAGGGAAUAUUCCCAGGAGGCGCCGAUGCUAAAAAAGUUGAGUUCGAAGCUCACGUUGAGGAUGUGGAACUUGAUAACCGUCCGCCUGGUAUAUUUGACAACACGACCAAGCUUAUUUAUUUGGAUAAUAAUAACAAUGCUUUCAUUGAUAUAAAAACUAAAGUGCCCCAACCUGGUGAGUAUGUUUUUGUAAUUCAAUAUUACCAGCCUGAUAACCCGGAGUUUGAGUUGGAAGUUAUUGUGCAGAAUGGUAAAUUCUAUGAAUCAAAAGUUGCGGUGCCUCAUUGUCCAAGUAACAGCGGGUGUCGUAGCAUAAUUCGUCAGCUUGACGGUAAUUUAAAGUUCCAGUUAAUUGAGAAUGUCGUUAUAAGUUUAAAAAAUCCCGGUCCGGGUAUUUGGAUUGACUACUUGUUGAUAAUACCAGCAGAUCAGUAUGACGACAAGGUAUUGAAGAAAAUCCAAAUCGAUCAGACCAAAGAGUUUAUUAAACGCUGUGGUAACAAUCAUUUCCACAUUAAUACUACAGAUGACGGUUUCUGUCGCGAUUCAAUAUUUUCACUGACCGCGAAUUACAACAAUGGAGCCUUGCCUUGUCAUUGCAGCGCCCAUGGUACUACGAGCUUCGAGUGCGAUAAAUUUGGCGGACAGUGUCCGUGCAAACCAAAUAUCAUUGGCCGUCGCUGUGAAAUUUGUAAGACUGGUUUCUAUGGGUAUCCAAAUUGUCGGCCGUGUGAUUGUCCGAUCACGGCGAUCUGCGAACCAGAGCGAGGCGAAUGUAUUUGCCCGUCUAGGGUCACUGGGGAACGAUGUGAUCAGUGUGAGGAAGGCACUUAUGGAUUCCACCCGAUCAUCGGUUGUGAGGAGUGCAAUUGCUCGCCUGCUGGUGUCCUCAAUGGUGACAUGCAGUGCGAUCUCCUUAACGGCACGUGUAAGUGCAAGGAAAAUGUCGUUGGGCGGCAGUGUGACAAAUGUCAGAAUGGGUACACCCAGUUCCCGUAUUGUGAGGCCUGUGACUGCGAUGUCAAAGGAACUACGGCGGAAAUUUGUGACCAGUAUACUGCUGAGUGUUAUUGUAAAGCUAAUGUUGAUGGUUCAGCGUGUGAUAUUUGUAAGACAGGGACAUUCAAUUUGCAAGAGGACAAUGCUGAGGGUUGCAGCAAAUGCUUCUGCUUUGGAAAAACAACCAGAUGUGAUUCGGCGAAUCUUUACAGGGCUUACGAGUACAACAUGAUUGAUUGGGAUGUUGCGUUGGUUAAUGACAAGACGGGCAAUGUUACGAUAUUGACAAUUAUUCCGCAAGAAUACAACGACACUUCCAUAAUGGUCAGUCUCACAAACAAUGAAACCUUUUCAAAUAUUGUCUACUUCUCAGCACCCAGCAACUAUUUGGGCAAAAAGUUAACAUCGUAUGGUGGAACGCUGAACUAUACUGUCUUCUACAGCACUGGACCGUUUGGUAAAGCUAUCGCUGGACCUGAUGUCAUUCUGAUGGGUAGCGAUAGUGUCCUGCUGCACUAUGGCGAGGAACAGCCGCCUUCGUUUACGUACUUCGGAGCCUCGGUGGCGCUUGUCGAGUCUAACUUUAUCACGAUGGGAAAUAUCGAUGUGACGCGUGAGCAAAUGCUGGUGACGCUGGAGAAUUUGAAGGGGGUUUAUAUUAGAGGAACGUAUUGGGAGCCGAGUAUCGCGGCAACGUUGUCAGAUGUUACGAUGGACACGACUACGGACACUUACAUCCCGGGAAGCGAACAAGCGAGCAGUGUCGAGCAGUGCCAGUGCCCACCAAACUAUCAGGGUCUUUCGUGUGAAGAAUGUGCUCCAGGAUAUUAUAGAGUUGAGUCAGGACCUUAUGGUGGCUCUUGUGUACGUUGUCAAUGUAAUGGACAUGCCGAUACUUGCGAUGUUAAAACUGGAAUUUGUCAUAAUUGUAAAAAUGGAACAACUGGCGAUCACUGUGAAUUCUGUGAACAAGGUUACUACGGUAACGCAACUAUCGGAACCCCGACUGACUGUUUAAUCUGUGCCUGUCCUCUACCUAUAGCCUCCAACAACUUUGCCACCGGCUGCGAAGUCAACGAAGCAGGGAACAAAAUCAGCUGUGACUGUCUGCCCGGUUACUACGGAGCGCGCUGCGAAUCUUGCGCUGCAGGUUUCUACGGUGACCCGAACAUCGAGGGCGAGUUCUGUAAACUCUGCGAGUGUUCCGGCAACAUCGACACCAACGAUAUAGGCUCCUGCGAUUCAAUAACCGGCGAGUGUCUUCACUGUUUAAACAACACCUACGGCGAGGCCUGUAACCUUUGUGCCCCAGGAUUCUACGGGGACGCCGUCGAGCGCAAAGACUGCAGAACAUGUCAGUGCGAAUCCUGUGGAAUGGAACGCUGCGACAGCUACAACGGGCUCUGCGAGUGCAGAACGAACGUCAUCGGUGAAAAGUGUGAUCGUUGUGCAGAGAAUCAUUUUGGUUUCAAUUCCUGUAACGGAUGUCAAGCUUGUGACUGCGGUCUUGCUUCAGAUUUUGCUCAAUGCGACCUCUCAUCAGGUCAAUGUAAAUGUAAGCCAGGUGUCACUGGACGUAAAUGCGACCGAUGUAUCGCUGGCUUCUGGAAUUACGGACCAGAAGGCUGCACCUCCUGUAACUGCAACACCGGAUACUCACUCGGAUCCUCGUGUAAUACCACAACUGGUCAGUGUUCCUGUUUACCCGGAGUUAUUGGCGAGAAAUGUGAUCACUGUCCUUACCGCUGGGUCCUAAAAGAAGGUGACGGUUGCUACGAAUGUGACUCGUGUAUCGACGAUCUUCUCGAUGUCACCGAUCAACUCGAGUCACUCCUAUCUCCAGUAGCUCAAGAGUUCAACACCGUCGCCGAAAGCUAUUACACCAACCAACGUUUGAAAUUCGUCAACGACAGCGUCAAUGAAUUAUAUCCAGACGUUAAGUUACUUGACUCGAGUCGCAUUGACUUUGUUCCUCUGCAGCAAGAAAUUUCAAAACUUGACCAAGAAGUUUCCACGCAGAAGAGGCGCGUCGAGUACACCGCCGACGACAGCAAGAGAUGGAAAAAUGGAGCCGAGAAUACUCUAGUCGAAAUGAACAAUUUGGAAACGGAUGUCAGGAAGGAAAUAAAUUCUGUAAACACGAUAAUUUCAGAAGUCCAGUACCUGGCGACCAACAUCGGCCAGGGCACUGCCGCGAAAAUCGACAGCGCGCUUAAAGAAGCCAAUGAGAUAUUGAAUAAAAUAAAAAAUGUAUCUUUUGUAAGCUUCAGAGACAAAGCCAUCGAUCAAUCAGAUCAUGCAAAUGGUUUGGUAUCUGAAAUGACUGAGUACAACUUCCCUGUGAGUAAUUUAAGCGCCGCUGCCAGUAAAUUAGGAGAAAAAAUUCAUAACUUCAGCAUGAAAGUUGAUGACUUUUAUGUAAUUACUGACAAAGCCGAUGAACUUACACGUGCAGCUGAAAAAUUAAUUGAUGACAACAACAGAUCUAAAGAGUUCGGUAAUUUUGAUUUAUUGAUAAAAAAUGCAACUACUGAGAGCCAAGAUGACAUUAUGACUGGACAAAAUUUGAAUACAAAUGCUACCAUGUAUUUGGGUGAAGCAGAUGAUAAUUUUAAAACUCUGCGUGAUUUGGCGAUUAAAAAUCAAGAGUCGUUUGAUCAAUUAAACAAUACAAUUAAUCAAAAUGACAAUGACCUUCUAGACGUGAUAGAUAUGGUAGCGAGAGCUGAAGAGCAUGCAGAGAAACUUUACAACGAGUCAAUUAAUCUGGAUAGUAAAUUGAAUCCUACACGUAACACUAGUGCAGUAAGAGCAGUGUCAGCUUAUCGAGAUAUCGAACGCGCUAUUCAAGAAGCUCGCGACGCAGCUUACGAAGCUGCUCAGGCUGCAACUAACGCGACAGCACUUUCAAACGGCAUUGACAGCAAAACCAGCGAAACGCUUGAGCGUUCGUCAAAAUUACUGGGUCUUGCAGAGUCCGCGUUGGCGACCACGGAGGGAAAACUCGAGGCAGAUUUAGACCAAGCCCAGGAGUUCAAUAAUUACAUUGCUAAGCAGAAUAAAAAAAAUACUGAGGCGCUUGAUCGGAUUAACAGUACACUAAACCAAUUGUCAUUGAGUUCUGGCUCGCCGAUGGACGAUCUCACCCAGGAGGCCAAUGAGAUUGAGCAGACGAUCAACAAUUCAAUGGACCGCAUGGACGGCGUCGUAAACAAAAUUUCAAAUGAUUUAAAAGACACUAAGAAUUUGACUAAAGACACUACGGAUUCAAUGCGCGACGUCUCUCAGGCCAAGAAGCAGUUGGACUCGGUCAGCAAAGUUCUGCCCAACAUGGCGGACCUGUUGAGCAAAUUGGGAGAGACUCAAAAUAGUAUUGACGUUACUGGCAAUGACUUAAAAAUCAAAAUAGAAGCUUUGAAAAAUAAAAUAGCUAAUGCGCGAGAACUCGCUGAUCGAUUCAAAAUAGGAGUGACAUUCUAUCGCAACACGACCUUGCAGUUGAAGAACCCAGAGAGUCUGCCUUUACUAGCGACGUCCACAAAGUUGUCUCUGUACUUUAGAACAGACAAAGCCAAUGGAUUCCUUCUGUACCUCGGAAAUGAAGACAGAGGAAAGGUGACGCGGCAUAAAACUCAUGAUUUCUUGGCGCUGAUGAUCGAAGGCGGUUACCCGGUACUGAUUAUCGACUUGGGUUCUGGUCCAGUGAAGAUUAUUAACAAUAAAUACGUGUCGGACAAUGUAUGGCGUCAGAUAAUUGUCGACAGAACCGGUAAGAAUGUAAAACUUAUCGUACGCGAGGACAUCGGAGAGGGAAGAGACGAGCAGAUCGUCAAGGAACAAGUGCUACCAGGUACUUACUCGAUAUUCAAUUUGGAUCAGGAGCACUCGAAAUUGUUCGUCGGUGGCUACCCAACGUCAUUCCAGACUCCGGAUGUCGUGACCGCGUCCUCGUUUGAAGGACAAAUGGAGGACCUGGUUAUCGGAGACAUUCCCGUGUCGUUCUGGAACUUUAUCAAGGGCGAGAACAAUCAGCAAGGCGCUAUGGAACGCGACAAACUUAUUGACUUUACUCCCAGCACGGGCUACAGGUUUGACAGAAACGGGUUCGCGGUCCUGAGUAUGAAGAACUCGCAAAUACGACACGAUCCUUCGAAAUUCAGCUUGAAGAUGAACUUCAAGACCUUCGCUGAAGACGGGUUGAUGUAUCUGAUGGGUAAGGGCAAGCACUUCUUGGCGCUGGAGAUGAAAAACGGACAAGUGCUGUACCAGUUUGAUCUGGGAGACGGCCCGGUGGCUCUGAUGUCUCAGCAAAAGUACAACGACGGGGAGUGGCACACUCUCGAGGCCCGGAGACUCGGAGGCAUCGGUUUGAUGGAGAUCGACGGUAUCAUGGUAGCGAAAAAUGAAAUAGAAGCUGGCGGAAAGACUCUAGCUGCAAAUGACCACAUAUAUGUGGGCGGGUAUCCACCAAACAUACGACACUCGUACAGAUCCGUGACUAAUCUCGGUUUCGAGGGCUGCAUUGACGAAGUUGUAAUUCUAGACACUUCAGUUGAUCUCAGUAGGAAUUCUCAGGCGUUUGGUGUAAUGCCAGGAUGCCCAGUGAGAUUCGCAAGCUUAGUAUCGUUUGAAGAAGACUCACCUGGUUAUGUAAAGUGGCAGAACGUAACCGCUGAUCCAACGCUGCAGGUAAACCUCAAGUUCAAGACCACUGCAGACAAUGGUCUCAUCUUCUACGCCACCAAUGCCGACCAGACGUCCAACAGCGCGUUGUCCAUCGAAGAGGGAGUCCUGGUCUUCAAGAGUCAAGGUGAAGUCGUCCGGAGUAGCAGCGCUGGUAGCAAAUUCAAUGACAAUGAGUGGCACGUCGUCACUGCAACUCAUGAUGACACCGCUCUGAGGAUAGACAUUGAUGAUAUUGAUAACUUUGUAACAGAUUACCCCCCUCCCGCUUUGAGUAUUCGGAAAGGAAAUUUGUAUAUCGGUGGGUUACCUAAUGCGCCAAGCGGUUCAAAGUCCACAGAGCCAUUUGUCGGGUGCAUCGGCGACGCGACUCUCAAUGGAGAGAUCAUAAACUUCGCUAAUACAAAAGAACGUCCCAAUGCCUUCCUCGGCAAGUGUUUGGGUGGUGAGACUCCUGCUUAUCUGCCGACUGAAACUGACAUCGGGGUCUGGCCUCCUCCACCUGUCACUGGACUGCCUGAAACAAUAACAAUGGCUUCAACUAAGAGCAACAUUAUUGACGUUGAGGUCGACACCGUCGAACCGGGUCCUAAUGAAGUUGAGGGACGAGUUACCCUCAAUGUUCCCUUGACUGAAUCGCCUACUGAAGAGCCAGAUGAGCCUGAAGAACCCGAAAAACCUGAGAAACCCGAGAGACCUGUGGAGCCAGUGACUACUCAAGCGCCUCCUUACACAGUAGACUCUUGCAAGCUCCCGUAUAUGCCUGCAGUUGAUCCCGAAAGUGAGAGCGGUUGGAGAUUCGGAACUGCCAGAAACAGCAGACUGGAAUACGGAUCGCUGAAUGGCCGGUACAAGGAUGACUACGAUCUCCAGAUAGAUUUGAAGACCGCCGCAGACGAAGGAAUCAUUUUCUACAGCUCGGCGAUCACCAAAAAUCACUUCAUCGCUGUUUACAUUCAGGGUGGCCGCGUUCAUUAUUCAUUCGACUGCGGCACUGGACCCGCCUGGCUCAAGAGUGAAAUAAAAAUAAAUGACAACCAGUGGCACACUAUUGUCUUCAAGAGAAGCGGCAACUUCGGCGAACUUAUCGUCGAUGAAAAUCUCGCGGUCGCGGAAUACUCACAAGGCAAUGCUGCCACCAUGGAUGUUAAUCCUCCGUUCUACUUGGGUGGAAUACUUCCCGAAUUGUCUGCCAAUGUUCAAGCUAAUAUUGGAACCAAUAAAACAUUCAAUGGAUGCCUGAGUAACUUUAUGAUGAACGGACAGCCUGUUGGUGAUCCUGAUGAGAAAGUUGGAGUGAUUCCAUGCUCGAAUCGCGUCGAGUCUGGUGUAUUCUUCUACCCUGGAAACGGCAGCAAUUUAUUCCGUGCGAUGGAUAAAUUUACUGUCGGACGGAGUGUCGACAUACAAAUGGACAUAAAGCCUAGAUCAACAUCCGGUCAUUUAUUAUCCGUACACGGAAAACGUGAUUUCUUGUUACUAGAAAUGGUCAAUGGUACCAUCAAGUUCUUGGUUAAGACAACAAAAGGUCCAAUUGAAACUUCCUUUGUACCAAAGAUGCCUAAUUCAUUGUGCGACGGAAACUGGCACAAUAUCAGAGCUGUAAAGCAAAAGAAUGCUGUGCUACUGUCAGUAGAUCAUGCAGCAGCACCACCAGGAAUCGGGAACAAAAAUUCCGCGGGUGUUUUAUCGAAGCAUCCGAUAUUUAUAGGCGGGCAUCCGCUCCUCGGAAAGCGAUUGCGCGGAAGUACAUCUCACUCGCAGUACGUCGGCUGUAUUAAAAACAUAAUUAUUAAUUCAAAUGAAAUAACUCCGGAUCCUGAACGUGCCUUCGGUCACGUCACCACCGGAGUGUGUCCAAUAAUUUAAAAAAAAAAGUAAAAUUCAUUUUUACAAACCAAAUUAGAAUAAGUUUUUAUAUAUUUUGUUAGUCUGAAAAAAAAAAAUAAUAAAUAAAUAAAUUAAAUAUAAUAAUAUUUAAAAUUUUUUAUUGAAAUAAUUACAAAAAAUAAUAAGCAAAGCAUAUUAACGGAUCCCAUCAACUAAA